AUGUCAGACUUAUCUCUGGAAUGGCUAGGCUCUAUUAUCUAUGCAAAGGCAAAAGCUCUGUCUAGACUUGCAGCGAAAAAUGGCGAUCCUCCAAUUCUCGACGGAACGAUCAGGUCCAAUUCAUCAUCUGCUAGUAUUGUGACAACUCGGAAUGAGCUCAUUCAAGCAACAAACGAGCUUUUACAGCUGGUAAUGAUGCCUUCAGAGUAUCUUCUUAGCUUGGCAUUAUCGGGAGCAAAUACAGCAAAUAUUGAACUCUUAAUUCGUUUCGAGAUACCUCAAAAUGUCCCGCUUGACUCGUCAAUUGAGAUAUCUGCGCUUUCUACCAAGGUGAAUCUGCCCGAAGAUGAUCUCAGACGCACUCUCCGAUUCGCCAUUUCCAAUGGAAUCUUCCAAGAGCCCACACCGAAUACCAUUUCACAUUCUGCUUUAUCAACUGCUUUAGAUACAGACACUCAUUUGCGCAAUGUGCUUUGUUUCAGUGCUGAGUGGACUGGGGGCGUAUUAACUAAAACACCCAAAUACUUGGCUUUACGGGCAGAAGGGAAGAAUGUUCCCAAAACUAGCUUCGGCUUCUCAUUCAAUACCGAGGAAGACUUCUUCGACUAUAUGACCCAUUCCAAAGAGCUCAAUGCGAAAUACCAUAACUUCCUUAUGGGUCGGGCGCAUACGCCGAUGUGGUCGAUGGACCGUCUACGUGCAGCUUGGGAUUGGGCGAGUCUUGGAUCCAAGACCCUCGUUGAUGUCGGUGGAUCUUCUGGUCAUACUGUCAUGGCCAUUGCUCCCUUGGCACCGUAUGCACAGUUUAUUGUUCAGGACAACGACUCGAGCGCAUUGGAAUUGGGCAAAACCCAAUCACAGAAGCUUCUAGACGAUGAAACACGAUCGCGCAUAGCCUUCCAAAAACACAAUUUCUUCGAAGGUCAGCCAGUGCGGGCAGAGUGCUAUAUUUUGCGUCACGUUCUCCACGAUUGGAAUGAUCAAGACUCCAUCGCCAUCUUGAAAGCUCUUCUUGUUGCGCUUGAACCCGGGGCCAGGGUUUUUAUAAGCGAAGGACUACUGCCAGAUCCACCGGCACAACGACUCAAUACCCUGGCAAGUAAGAUGAUACUAAUUGAAGAUCAAUUUAUUAUGACUGCUCACAACGCCCACGAGCGCACGCUGAAUGACUACGUCCAGCUUGUCAAACAGGUCAGUCAAAGAUUUAACCUGGUAGGUGUUACUUCAGGGGCUAAAGAUGGAGCUUUCCAAUCGCUACUUGAAUUUCAAUUCGACUGA